GAGAGACAGAGAGGGUACGAGAGGGACAGGACAGGACAGGACAGGACAGGCAGGGGACAGACGUGGGGAUGAGGAAUUUAGGAAGUGUAACAGCAAUAUAGCCUGAGCAACGCUCAUUUGUGACCGACUUUGGUCGAAAGGGGAUCUCUGCCUGAUGACUGAGGGCAUGGUCCCUCCUAUCUGGGCUCUGUGCGUUUGGAGUCGGUCCGAACAAACUGUUCACGCGAAUCAACAGCACAGACAACGCGGGAAGAAUAAGUAGCGCAGGGAUACAAACUCGGCCCACAAGGCCGGCAUGAUCCAGUUCGGCCACAGCAAACCAACGCGUGUCUGCGCUCAGUGGAAAGCACGGAACGUGCACAUUCAAGCACCCGAACUCUAGAUGCUUUGAAAAGACGCACGUAUGCAGUAAAUCACCGUGGACAGCAAAAUGGUCCACAAUGGCAGCACGUGUAGAAAGCGAUUGCCGACUCUGGCAGUUCCACGAUGUACAGACCGCGGUCGGUACAGAUUUGUUUCCUUAUGAAACGCAGUAGAGUUAAAGCGGCCAGUGCUUCUCAAAUCACGGUGUCGGAGUCUAUUACUUUUGUUCCCCCGGCCUCUCAAUUGUCACGUUUAGCAGGGACACACACAGUCUAGCGACAUCAGUGCGUUCUGUCAUGGCGACGCCGUCGCUGCCAUCCCCCACCUGUCCACUAGUCGCCCUGCUCAGUUUUCCCGCCUCCGCCAAUCACCUGACCAUCGGCGCGGCCGGGGUUGUUCGACAGCAACGGAACAAUCCGGCCACGAAGGGGGACUCGGGAGACGCCUUUGAUGGCCCAAGGCUGCGGUCUCCCCGCUGACCAGGGCCCCCGGGGCCUAUGCGGACAAUGUGUUUUUGGCCUCGCAAGCCUGCCCGGCUGUUUUUUGGGGGGGGCUGGUCUGUGCGGAGCCUGGUCCUCCGCGUCCCUUCUUCGCCUCCCCGCGGGCGUACCCGGCAAGGAUGCCGGGAUGGGAGGCUUCUGCUGUCUUCUGCAACGCGACGAGGAGGAUGGUCUUUGCCCUACAUGUGAUUGUCAUGUCUUCGGCGUUUUUCAACCCCAGUUUUGCCUUCAGCUCUCACUUUGACACAGAUGGGGCACCGCUGAGCGAGCUGUCAUGGCCUUCGUCCCUGGCGGUGGUAGCCGUCUCCUUCUCUGGCCUCUUCACCUUCGUCUUCCUCAUGCUGGCCUGCCUCUGCUGCAAGAAGGGCGACAUCGGCUUCAAGGAGUUUGAAAACACUGAGGGAGAGGAGUACCAGGCAGAUCUCUCCGCCCUGGCCUCGCCUUCCUCCCAGAAUGGCCCCGAGGUCUACAUCCUUCCCCUCACUGAGGUCUCCCUGCCUGUCUCCAAGCAGCCUGGCAGAUCCAUCCAGCUGCUGAAAUCAUCAGAACUUGGCCGCCAUAGUCUGCUCUAUCUAAAAGAGAUUGGACAUGGCUGGUUUGGCAAGGUUCUGCUGGGCGAGGUCAAUGCGGGCCUCAACACUACCCAGGUGGUGGUGAAGGAGCUGAAGGCCAGUGCCAGUGUGCAGGAUCAGAUGCAGUUCUUGGAGGAGGCACAGCCAUACCGAACCCUCCAGCACCCUGCCCUCCUGCAGUGUCUGGCACAGUGCUCGGAGGUUACUCCUUAUCUGCUGGUCAUGGAGUUUUGCCCUCUGGGUGAUCUGAAGAGUUACCUCCGCAGUUGUCGUGUGGCUGAUUCUGAGACUCCUGACCCUUUGAUCCUCCAGCGAAUGGCGUGUGACAUUGCCUCAGGGCUUCUGCACCUCCACAAAAACAACUUCAUACACAGUGACUUGGCCUUGCGAAACUGCCUGCUAACUUUAGAAAUGUCAGUUAAGAUCGGGGACUAUGGCCUUUCUCACAGCCGAUACAAGGAUGACUAUUAUGUAACACAAGACCAGAUUUGGGUGCCCCUGCGCUGGAUUUCACCUGAGCUCGUAGACGAGGUCCAUGGAAACCUGCUGGUUGUUGACCAAACAAAAAGCAGCAACAUAUGGUCAUUGGGGGUGACUGUGUGGGAGCUGUUUGAGCUGGGAAACCAGCCGUACAGACACUACUCCGACAGACAGGUGCUGACGUAUGCUGUGAAGGAACAGCAGCUCAAACUACCCAAACCCCAUCUCCAAUUCCCCCUGGCUGAGCGCUGGUACGAGGUGAUGCAGUUCUGCUGGCUACAGCCAGAGCUGAGACCCAGUAGUGAGGAAGUACAUUUUCUGGUCACAUAUCUGUGUGCCAAAGGCUCCAGUGAGGCUGAGGAGGACUUUGAACAACGCUGGAAUGCCUUGAGACCCAACCUGCUUGGUAGUUCCUCUCACACAGCUACGUCAACAGCCCUCGUCCUGACCCCUACACCUGGACCAGCUGAUGCCUCUGGUGCGGACCAAACUCAGGCAGUGGAGCUGGCCUCCUCUGCAUCAUCCUCCUUCCCCCUCCUGGAACACUUCUCUGACAGCUUCCACUCUGACACAGGAGACGACCUACUGACUGUCACAGAGACCAGCCAUGGUCUCAACUUUGAGUACAAGUGGGAACAAGCCCGAGCUGAGCAGCCGUACUGCUCCUCCUCCACCAGUGGGCCACUGGGCCAGGGGAACCCCCAUUACCAGGAUAUUUACUAUUCGAGCAAAGGAAGCACCUCAGGGGGCUGCAAGACUGACAGCCUGACCUCAGGCGUAUCCCCUUCCUAUUAUGAACCCGAACACCCCGGUGUGGUCCCAGUGUUGAGUGCCCACAGCCCCUCCGUCAGCAGCGAGUACUACAUUCGCAUAGAGGAACCAGUAGAGUGUAACAUUAAUCUGGAUGACAGUGUUGUGGACUACAGCCCGGGACUGGAGGCCAGUAACAGCAGGUUGUCCUCUGAGAGUCGGACUUGUUCAUCCAUGGCACAGCCUAGUGCUUACUGGUCAACUGCUGACUACACCAAAUCUACUGCCUACGACUCUGAUUCAAGCCCUACUGUUCAACUAACCAUGGAGCCACUGCUGAGACAGGCAUCCAGCACCAGCCCUGUAAAGUUAAGCCACUCUCACAACUGCUUGUCAUCCAAUCAGGACGGCACUAUAUACUGUGAACAGUCUUCAGCUUACAAGACAUGCCACCAGUCCUGUCUGUCUGAACUGGAUACAUCGCCAAAGUCCCGAUCGAACCUUGUCCAUCCAGUGGGGCGGUUAGAAAACACACGCAGUUUGUCACAAGCAGUGAGCAGCCCCAGCUUAGGCUUCUGUGAUCCCUACCUUGAGGCGAGCACAGGUCAUAACACAGUUAAUGAAAGCUGCCAUAAUAUGAUGGGUCCCCUCAGAAAGACACUACCCAUUGUUAACCACAUUAGUAUUGAUGUUGGAACAGAUGACGGCCUGCUGGUGGGCCAGCAGAGAGGUGAAGACAUUGAGGAUGACCUUUUCUCGGAGGGAGAUGCCACUAACUGGACCUCAAACCAUUCCGCGAACAACAAUAGCCUGAGCUUUGAUAGCAGACAGACAGGCAGUGGGCAUGAAAGCUAUCUGGACCUUCAAUAUACUGCUCAUUCUAACACAACAGAAUUAUGGUCAUUAACCAAGGCCACCACCAGAACCUUCCACAGCUCCACGUCUUCUGGCACUUUGGAGGCAGGCGGAGGAGACACAGGUUGUAACGCUGAUAGCGUGCCCACUGAAUUGAGUUCAUACAUUCAAUUAUGUCACAAAGAAAGAGAGGAAGCUGCCACUCAAGUGGAAAGGGAGUUAACUGCAGAAAAUCUGAGAAAUAAUGAUUCUCAUACGUGCUCAAGUAUGAAUUCCAGAGGUACAGAAGGUGGAAAAGUGGAAGGAAAAUAUGAAAAGCAAUUGUUGCUUAAUGGAGAGAGACUGUACUCUGAGCCUAAGAUGAUACCUGAGACAAUCUAUAUAAAGUCGCCAUCCUCUUUCAAGGAUCCUCAGACUGGUCAAACAGGAGCCUUGUCAGACAAGCAGAGAGGUAACAUGUGGGAGGGGGUUUCAGCAGGAAAAGCUGUUGGUCUGGGAGACAAGCAGCUCAAUUAUCCAGAUACAUCAGAAAGUAGCAGAGCACUGGAUAGUAAAGUGGGGAUAAGAGAAUCAAGCAUUAGCCUGAUUGAGCUUGGCGACUACAGUGAGGAUGAUGAUGAUGACAUUACAGAUAUUACAUCAGGUAUCUUUGCCGACUUCAAUCUAGAUUAUGCUGAGGUAGAAGAGGAAGAGCUAAGCCCAUUGAAGAAUCCAGAGGAAACUCGUGACUCUGUAAACACCCUUAACCUGUCCUCAUCGAUUGCAAGCCCCUGUGAUCAGGCCUUCAGCCCUGAUCCCUUUAAUACCCCCAUCUUGCCCAAAUCCCUGGACAGCGGCUACGACACAGAGAACAACGAAUCUCCAGAAUUUAUCUUCAAAGAGCUUGGAGAUCCCCGGGGUGGUGAGAGGAGCCCUAGGCUAGGUGGAGAACCUGAACUUGUUCUGCAGGUGGGUUUAGGCCAGGGUGUCUGCACUUCCACCAGCACCUCAGAGCUACAGUUAAAGGGCUUGACGGAUAAGAACCCGUACAGGGACUCGGCCUAUUUCUCAGACUAUGAUGCUGAAAAUGAGAGGAGCCCUCAAGAAGAAGCCAGUAAGUUCUUUGCAGGUCCAACUAACCACGACUUUCAUACUGAGAAACUGACCUCUAUUAGAGAUGAUGAUCCUAUCAAAAGGCAAUUCAAUAACAAGGAUCAUUUAGCAAAUCUGAGACACAUCAAAAGUUGUGUUGUGGUGAAUCUCUCAGAGGCUGACUCUAGUUCACCCCAUCCCCUUCCCACUCCUGGGUUGUCCAUGCUGUCACCGUUUCCUCCGCAAAUGGGCGGAUGUCUGACCAAAGAGUCCGCUCCUGCAGAUGAUGAUCUCGGACUGGAGACAGAGCACUCAGGAGAGGAGCCCUCCUCAGAGCUCAGCUCCUCCAUUGUGUCUGAACCCUCUUCCACUGUCCAGGAGGCCUCAGGUAACCAUGAGGACGGGAACAGGAGAGAAGAAGAUUGCUCCCCCGUCCAGUCUUUGAAUUCUGACUCCACUGUAAAUGACCUCAGAGAUGAGGCCCCCAAUGAAAAUGAAAAUGGUGAUGGAUCCACAGAGGAGGAGGAGUUGCCCGAAUUCAAUCAUGUCAAGGACGAGACGGAGGACAGAAGGGAGGGUGUGAGAAUAAAUGAAGAAGAUUUUGAGGACAUAGAUGCAGAGGAAUGUGAUUCACAGGACAGUUUAUGUGAAGAAUCCAACGGCCCUGUUGACCUGUCCACUUCCUCAUCAUUGUUGGAGCUGUGUGGAGAAAAUGUAAGAGCGCCACUAGAGGAGGCGGAGGAUGAAGAUGACUCUGAUGACAGUGAGUCUGAUGAAGAGUUAAGGACCUACAACAUCCAAGAUGAAGACAGCGAGGAGAGUGAGGAGGAUUUCACCACAGUGCCAGUGGUGGUAAGCGACUGCAGCAGGGCUAGACACCUCCGCAGCCUCCUGAAGAUGCCCACCCUCCUCACCCAGUCCUUCUGUGAUGAGUUGGAGAGGAAGAAAAAAGCUGUGUCCUUUUUUGAUGAUGUAACAGUGUUCCUUUUUGACCAGGAGAGUCCCACGGGAGAGCUGGCUGACUACACCUUCUCCACAGGAACAGAGUCCAGUGGGCAGGACUCUUCAGAGGCGAAAACCUCUGACCAUCAGCUGCAACUUGACCCUGAACUUGAAGCUCAAGCCUUGGAAGCAUGCUGUGUUUCUGAAGAGACAGAUGGGAACAACUCAGAAGAGGGUGGGGGUUAUAAAUGGGAAGAUGACCUUUCAUUUGAGCCCCGCCCAUCUUCACCUGACACCAUACCUGAGCCCAAGUCCUCACCCACAUCCACCUCCAAUAGUCCCGAAUCUCCUAAACCUGCAGCUGUAGCACUUAACCGUUUUAUGGUCUCACGAUUCUCUAUCACGCAAAUCUCUGACCCACACAUGGGCUCAGCAACAGGGAACAGUGAAGAGAGUCCAAAAGACUGAGUGUCCCGUGGCCCUGACUGGAGGAGGACGAGUCCUGGUCCUUCUCGACACAGAAAAGCAGCAUUAUUAUAUCUAGAUGUUUUACAGAGUUUUAUUUUUAUCGACGUUUGGGGCAUCUGACCGUGGUGACCCUUUAUGAGACAGUGCCUCAUAUUGUAGUGAAACACCCUUGAUGAUUUGCACACUUUCUUUAUUUUAAUUCUGUGAUGAAACUGAGAUAGCUGCUGGUAUGGCAACCAGGAAAAAGGAUAUAAAAUCUAAUCAUAUUGUUUUCAGAAAAACAAAACACCAGUAUAUUAGUUUUAACAUACAGUAUAUGACAAUAUCUUGUGCUCAAUGUAGCAUCCGUUUCUGCUGGUCACCUUACAGGUCGUUUAAUUUGUGAAUUUAAAGGAAAUUAAUAAAAAUAAGCGAGAAAAAAGUACGACAUGACAAGCUUCAUAGCUGCUCUUCUCAUUGGCUGCCUUGGUCCAUCUGCUUACCAUUGAUCUGGCAUUUUUAAGGACUGUUACAACUCUAAUAGUUGGAGCCAGAAAACAAUGCUUGAUGAUUGUUGCAUAAGAUGCUGCGGUGGAUUUCUAAACACAAAAUCUGACUCUUUUAAACCGUUGUGGGUGGUGGUGAUGGUGUUUCAAGAUGGAGGUGCUGAAACUUAAUUUUUUCCGUAAUCCAAGACAUAUCCAAAUCAUACCGAUGGUGGAUUCAGUGUGUUAUGUUACCGGAAACAUAUUACAGGACAUCAAGGUGUUGUCGCUGCCUGAUUAUUACCACCGCUCACUCUGGUUGAUAAUGAUAUACAGUAUAUGUCUACAUUUACCAUAUCUGUCUGAAGCACUUCAUGUAAGCCAAACUGGGUCUUAAUGAUGGCUCUGUUGCUCAGCAUCUCCUUACCCUGGAAUGAAAUAUCUAAACAUGUGAGAUUCCCUAUUUGUGUCAACAGUGCCAGCUACAGGUUCACUAUAUUUUGUGGCAUAUUAGCUUUGUUUAAAUCACAUUUCAUCAGCAAUAGAAUGACACCAAAGGGAUCGAGGGGUGUUUCCUCACAAUUCAGCGGUGUCAUGUCAACAUGCCAGUCAUAAAUGUUGAAUGUCAGUUAUCAUCUUAAUGCAUUUUGUUCUACAUCUAUGUAUUGUCCAUACUCUCAUACAUAAUGUAUUCUAUUACAGUUGUGCUGAAUGCCUGGGUCUGAGGUGUACAAAAAAGACAUUCAAAAUAGGACAUAUCUCACAUAUUGUAUGAAUGUUAUAUCAACAUGUAGCAGUUAGCUUGACUUGAAUUACUACUGCUGUAUUGACAAGUCCCUCCCCCUCUCUAUCUUCCUGUAGCUCAAAGUGCCAAUUCUGUUUCCUCGCACCUUGCCUUUUAAGUUCCGCAAGAAGAGAAAACAUUGCUAGUAUUUUUGUACAAGCAUUUGAAAAGAUGCAAUCCAGGUUGAUAGUCUCUCAAAUUUGCCAAAGAGAUAUUACAAAGCCCAUUGGUUAUAAAGUGGCAGGUACCUUUUGGAGAAGGUGAGGUGGGUUGUUCUAUGCACCGGUAGUAACAUCAUUGCUGUUUCCAUUUCUCCCUCACACAUGGCUAUUGUACUAUCCCAAACAAAUAAAUCCAAAUACUUUUUUCCCUUCUUGUGUCUGUGAUAUAUUUAUCUGUAUUGAUGUCACAGAAGUGCAGGUUUCAGUAAAAAAAAAAAAAAAAA